CCAGACGGAGGAGGAGGCGUGCGUGAUUUCACGACUGAUUAGUUUGUAUGAAACCACGAGCCAAAGGCGUUCACAGCCGCACAUCAGUAUUGAUCCGGACAGCGGGUCUGUGCAGCCGACAGUGUUUUGAUGACAUUCAUCAGUGUUAUUAGCUAAGUCAAUUAGCCGGCUACCUCCGAGAAGCACGUCGUUAACCACCGGACCGCGUCAUCUUUGGACAAUGAGGAAGGUUGCUCUGCUCCUGAUUGUGUUGCUCGGUGUCGCACACUUUGCAACUGUCAGCAGAUGUGAGGAUGAUGUUACAGAGGAGAAGGAGGAGUCUGAUGAAGAGGACAGUGAUGAUGAGGAGGAGGAUGAUGAUGAUGAUGAUGAUGACGACACAGAGGUGAAAGAAGAAAAUGGAGUGGUGGUUCUCACUGAUCGCAACUAUGAAACUUUCAUGGAGGGCAAAGACACAGUUCUGGUUGAGUUUUACGCCCCUUGGUGUGGCCACUGCAAACAGUUCGCCCCGGAGUAUGAGAAAAUCGCUCAGGCUCUUAAGGAGAACGACCCUCCUAUACCUGUGGCCAAAGUGGAUGCAACAGUAGCCACUGAGUUGGCGAGCAGGUUCGAAGUGUCGGGCUAUCCCACCAUCAAGAUCCUGAAAAAUGGGGAACCUGUGGAUUACGACGGAGACAGGACAGAGAAGGCUAUCGUGGCCCGGAUAAAAGAGGUGGCACAGCCGGAUUGGAAGCCCCCUCCUGAGGCGACGCUGGUGCUGACCAAGGACAACUUUGAUGAGACUGUUAACAAUGCAGACAUCAUCCUGGUGGAGUUCUACGCUCCAUGGUGUGGGCACUGCAAGCGUUUGGCUCCAGAGUACGAGAAGGCAGCCAAGGAGUUGAGCCAGCGCACUCCUCCCAUCCCUCUGGCCAAGGUGGACGCCACUGUGGAGAGCGAAGUCGCAACACGUUUUGGAGUCACGGGCUAUCCCACCCUCAAGAUCUUCAGGAAAGGCAAAGUGUUUGACUACAACGGACCCAGAGAGCAGCAUGGUAUUGUGGAGUACAUGGGCGAGCAGGCAGGGCCUCCCUCCAAGCAGGUUCAGGCAGUGAAACAGGUGCAGGAGCUAAUCAAAGAUGGUGACGAUGCUGUCAUAGUCGGCGUGUUCUCCGACGAACAGGACGCCGCCUAUGAGAUCUACAUUGAGGCCUGUAAUGCACUGAGGGAAGACUUCACCUUCCGUCACACCUUCAGCUCUGAAGUGUCCAAACUACUCAAAGCUUCACCUGGUCAGAUUGUCAUCGUUCACCCUGAAAAGUUCCUCUCCAAGUACGAGCCAGCAUCGCAUACAUUUGCAGUAAAGGACUCUACAUCGGUGUCAGAAGUGCAGGAGUUCUUCAAAAAGCAUGUGAUUCCUCUGGUGGGCCACAGGAAACCAAGCAAUGAUGCCAAGCGCUACACCAAAAGACCCCUAGUGGUUGUGUACUAUGGAGUGGACUUCAGCUUUGACUACAGGAAAACUACGCAGUUCUGGCGGUCCAAGGUACUCGACGUGGCCAAGGACUUCCCAGAGUACACGUUUGCCAUCGCUGAUGAGGAGGACUUUGCAGAAGAGCUGAAGACCUUAGGCCUGAGCGACAGCGGGGAGGAAGUGAAUGUGGGAAUUCUGGCAGAAGGAGGCAAAAAGUUUGCCAUGGAGCCAGAGGAGGUUGACUCUGAAGUAUUGAGAGACUUUGUUAAGGCUUUCAAGAAAGGAAAGCUCAAACCCAUCAUCAAGUCCCAGCCAGUGCCAAAGAACAACAAAGGACCGGUUAAGGUUGUGGUAGGAAAGACCUUUGACGAGAUCGUCAUGGACACCCAAAAGGAUGUCCUGAUUGAGUUUUACGCUCCCUGGUGCGGCCACUGUAAGAAGAUGGAGCCCGAUUAUUUGGCUCUGGGCAAAAGGUACAAGGGAGAGAAGAACCUGGUGAUCGCCAAGAUGGACGCCACGGCUAACGACGUGCCAAAUGAAAGCUACAAAGUGGAAGGCUUCCCCACGAUAUACUUUUCCCCGAGCAACAGCAAGCAGAGUCCCAUCAAAUUAGAAGGUGGAGACAGAACAGUGGAGGGGCUGAGCAAGUUCUUGGAAAAGCACGCCACAAAGCUAUCACAGAACAGAGACGAACUUUGAGAAUGUCUCUCGACAAGUAGCUAAGAACUCUUACCGUGCUCGGGUCGGAGUCUUAGAGGACGCUGGGGGGGGGGAGUUAAACGGUGUUACUGAGUUGCUGUGAUGAUUACAAUGUUAAAUCAUCGUUUUAGUUUCUAUUCAUUCCAAGAGAUUCCGCUUUCUUCUGUUUCUAAAAGCAUGUAAGCACUGUUAAAGUCUUUUUAAAUAAAAUACAAAAAUGAUGGCGGCUUUGUGGGCCAGCACUUAAA